UUUUUUAUUGUGGGACUAGUUAGCUAGGGCUCUUGGCGCGUGGAUGAAUCGGCGCUGCUGCCAGGAGCGUCGCGCUUCGAUCGAUGUCUUGGGCUGCGCCCGACAGCUUCCACACCACAUCUCUGGCAGAUAAUCUCGACAAGAAGCUUUUGGUUAUCCUCCGCGACGGUCGGAAGCUCGUAGGAACGCUGCGAUCGUUUGAUCAGUUUGCUAACCUUGUGCUAGAGAAAGCUGUGGAGAGGAUCAUUGUGGGAGAUCUCUACUGUGAUCUUCCACUUGGGCUGUACAUUAUCCGCGGGGAAAAUGUGGUGCUUGUUGGCGAGCUGGACCAAACGAAGAAAGACUUGCCGGCCCACAUGGUUUUAGUGUCAGCUGCCGAAAUCAAAAGAGCUCAAAAGGCGGAAAAAGAUGCUACAGAGCUUAAGGGCACGAUGCGGAAGAGGAUGGAGUUUCUGGACUUGGACUGAUUGAUUGGUACGCCCCAAAGAUUUUCUAUUGAUUUUGUGGGACAGAAGAGAUCAGACUGGCGAGUUUUGAUGCCAUGCUGAUCCAUCAUGGAUGCUUAGCCCCCUGCACUAAUUUUUUUGGUGUUCGAUUGCGGGGGGUCCUAGGCUUCCUGUACAAGAAGAAGUCGUAUUGUCAAUCAAUGUAAGCAGCGCUCAACUGUACACUCCUGGGUUAGUCCAUUUCUUCGAAUUCCAUUCGGCAAUGGGACUGGGAUGUCCGGUUGUAGCAGUAGCGCAGGAACAGUGCCGCAGCU